GUUCUGCAUGUCGAUGACUAAAAGGGCAGCCACUUUCGGGUUUGGGUUUCUUUUUCUGAUCUCGUACUCUUUGUACGAGGUCGAGGAGGAAGCCAUAGCCAUUGAUUUGAGAUUCUGGAAACUUUGGUUUUAGACCGUCUUUCUUCUUCUUCUUCCUUGGUUUUGGAAAUCCCUUAUUUACCCUCCCACUAUAUGACAAAUGCAAUGUACGCGUGGCGGAAUAUGACUGGUGCGCUUGCACCUAGCGAGAGGUCGUGAUGCUUCUGGAGAUUUCCAAUGUUUGUUUGGGAACAGGGCUUUUGAAAUAUGGUGGAAAGAUUGAUUCUUUACUUUGUUGCUGCUUGUGGAGGUAAAGAGAUCGAGGUGCAUUGCAUUUGGUACAGGAAUAGGAAUAGGAAUUGAUCAUCGAUAAUGUCGUAUUUGCUGCCGCACCUGCACUCAGGCUGGGCCGUCGACCAGGCGAUUCUGGCCGAGGAAGAACGUGUUGUCAUCAUACGAUUCGGCCAUGAUUGGGACGAGACUUGCAUGCAGGUACCGGUCUCUUGUUUCUUCCUCUUCCCUUUCUUAUCUUGAUUAAUUGCCUCAGUACAUGUUUGAUCGAUUCUUUUAUGUUUAAUAACAAAGAGUCAAAGAGCCGAGCUUUGAUGAGUUAAAUAUGUGACAUAGAUCGAUAUAGAGAGACAGAGAGAGGCAGAAAACUGAUGAAUAUGUCAGAUAUGUGCGAUUAACAAUACAGUUUUAUGAGUGUGAGAACAAUUAAGUUUUUGUUUGUUUUGGUCAAGUUUAAAGAAAUGUUGGGAACGAAGCCAUUCAAUAUAUCCCAAUGUGGUAUGUGCUGCCACACCUGCAGUAGGAUGGGUACUCGAUCAGGCUACCCUGCCUGAGCCCUGAGGAAUAGCUUCGCCAGACGUCAUCCGAUCCGAUUCGGCCACCACUGGGAUAUGACCUGUAUCAUAUAUGUGCAGAUGGAUGAAGUACUAGCAUCAGUUGCUGACAAAAUUAAAAACUUUGCUGUCAUUUACCUUGUGGACAUUUCAGAGGUUCCUGAUUUCAACACAAUGUAUGAGCUGUAUGACCCAUCCACAGUUAUGUUCUUUUUCAGAAACAAGCACAUUAUGAUUGACCUUGGCACUGGGAACAACAACAAGAUUAACUGGGCUCUCAAGGACAAGCAAGAGUUCAUUGACAUUGUGGAGACAGUGUACCGUGGUGCAAGGAAGGGGCGUGGUCUGGUGAUUGCUCCCAAGGAUUACUCCACCAAGUACCGCUACUAAGUGCUGUAAUUCAUUCCAGUCUUUGUAAGAUGAUCCUAAUUUCUGCACUUCCUAUAUCUUUAAUCUCCUGCAUUCAUUGGCCCAACGGCCAAAAGUAUCCUAAUGUACUGAACAUCUUCCAGUUUGUAUGGAGUUGCAUUUUGGUAAUCAAUUAAAAUCUCUUUACAUCAUCUCCUUUGUUCA